AUGGAGCCACGACGUCCGAAGCACAAGCAAGCACCACGACUAGAGGUCUCACAAAACGAGCUGGAGCGAGCUCUGAAGGAUCCAAGAACGUAUGUGUUCUUAAACACCGACGCCGAGCGAGUGGCUUUUCCUAACGGUUUGGACGAUGUCGACCAACUUCACGUGGUGCACACGCACAUUUCGAUGGUUUUUAUGCUGCCUGAACGCGUGUAUAAAGUAAAAAAGCAAGUAGAUUUUGGUUUCGCAGACUUUUCAACGCUCUACAAGCGCUUCCAGGCGUGUUUUGCAGAGGUACAGCUGAAUAAAAGACUGGCACCCGACGUGUACAUGGGCGUUGUGCCUGUCUCCAUGAAGAGAGACACUCGAGAGAUUUCUGUGCGAUGUAAUGACUUCUGGACGCCAGAUAAGAGCAACGACUUGGACUGGUGGCUGAAUGAUCAGUAUGGAGAGAUCGUCGAGUGGGCGGUACACAUGGUUCGUCUACCAGACGACUGUACGCUGCUGCAUCGCAUGGAUCACGGGGAUCUGACCGAGGAUAUACUGGAUCAAGUAGCUGAAAAACUCGUCGAAUUUCACGCUAAUGCACGUCGUGGACCAAAGAUCGAUCAAUUUGGGAAAGAGCCAGUCAUCCGUCACAAUAUCGACGAGAACUUUGACCAAACGGCUUCACACACCGGAGUGACAGUAAGUGAACCGGUGUAUCGUCGAGUGAGGGAGUUAUCAUACGCGUGGUUGAAGAAACUCCGACCUACAUUCGAGUCACGAGUGGAGAAUGGCUAUAUUUGUGAUACUCAUGGCGAUCUACGACUCGAACAUGUUUACAAAAUACCUCGCUUAUCCAAGCACGGAAAGUUUGCGGUUCUGGACUGUAUCGAGUUCAAUGAGCAGUUCCGGUUCGGAGAUCCACUCUCGGAUGUAGCUUUCCUGGCUAUGGACAUUUGGCGUAAAGGUCGACCUGACCUCGCGCAUUCUCUACAGCAACAGUACCUCCUCAAGGCAGUGCAAAACGCGCCUGAAAACAACGAUCUAUUUGCAUUUUACGCUGCGUACCGUGCCGUGGUACGUGCUAAAGUGUGCGGUUUCCGAGUCAUGGACCCCACUCUGUCAAAUAGACGCCGUGCAGAGGAAACUCAACAUGCACGUUGCUACUGGCUAGUAGCUCUCGAACUGUUGAGUCCUCCUGCACAACGACCAUGUCUGGUCCUUGUUGGGGGCCUGCCAGCAAGUGGCAAGUCGAAUUUAUCCAAAAUGCUAGCAGAAAGUGACAGUAGUCUAGUAUGGCUACGCUCAGAUGCAAUUCGCGAUGACAGCCUUGAAGAAGGGUUGUAUUCUCCGGAGAUGACACGUCGCACUUAUGAUGAAGUAUUGCAGCAGUGUGUUAAGCAUUUACGUAAAGGAGAGCGUGUUGUAGUCGACGCAACUUUUCGAGACCCAGUUCAACGCCAGAGAUUUAUUACCACUGCUCGCACUGAAGGUGCUCUGUUUGCAUUUAUCAUGUGCGAAUGUGACCGGGAGAUCAUCAAAGGUCGAAUGCUGGCUCGAAAGAACGACAUGUCAGACGCCACGUGGGAAGUUUAUGAGUACAUGGAGCGAACGUGGAGUUAUCCUGAACGUGAUACGAUGACUGAAUGCACAGUCGUGAACACGGAAAAGGAGAGAGAACUGACGCUACGUCGUGCCCAGCUCUUCCUACGCAAGAUUGGACUUUUGUAA